UAAACUAUAGAGAAUAAAAUUAUCCAAAAUAUACAAAUUUCACUAAAUGGCUUCAAAUAGAAAUGAGAUCGGCCUGUCCCUAGUCCUGGUGCUCAUGCUCAUGCAAUGGAACGGAGCCAGAGCACAAUCAGGCUGCACCACUGCACUAUUGAGCUUGUCCCCGUGUCUAAAUUAUGUUACUGGAAACACAACGAUGCCAUCGUCAUCUUGUUGCUCACAGCUAUCUAGGGUCGUGGCAUCACAGCCGCGGUGUCUUUGCUCCGUGCUAAAUGGUGGCGGCUCCUCUUUUGGUGUUUCUAUUAACCAAACUCUUGCUGUUGCACUUCCUAGUGCAUGCAAUGUUCAAACUCCUCCAGUUAGCCGCUGCAAUGCUGGAGCAAAUGGACCAGCAGCUUCACCCGCUGAUAGUCCUCCAGCGGACUCUUCUAAAGGAUCACCAGAUGGGAAAUCCGAACCAGACAUUCCUUCAGGGACAGGGUCAAAGAUUACUGGUGGGACUACAUCUAGGGGAAGCAUUGUGGAACUGCCGCUUCAUCUCACAGCUACUUCGACCUUCAUUGCUGCAUUCAGUGCUUUUGCGUCAACUUUUCUCUAGAUUCAAAUUGUU